UCGAAACAUCAAAAAAAAAAGGGUUACAUUUUUUUUCUUUCUUUCUCUCUUUCUCUCUCUCCGAAACUAAAAGAUCGAAGAAAAAGUGUCAUCGAAAAAAAAAAAAUAAAUAAAAAAUCCACGAGUGAAAGGUGAUCCUCCAGAGAAAGAAGUGAUUAGUGAUCCCCUCGAAGUGACGCAGCUCCACCCCCAUACUCCCCCACCACCACCCCCCACCUUUUUCCUCCCGAGUCCGAUCCCUCUAGAAAGGUCAACCGGUGAUUUAAAAAAUUAAAAAAGAACAAAAAGAAAGAAAAAAGGACCACACAACCGCGCCCGAGGCUGAUUCCUGGUUAUAAGGUCACAGCACAACAUCCAGGUGACAGAGCUUCGUGGGAAAAAAAAUAAAUAAACAAAAAAAAAUCAGAACCAGCCCGGGAGGAGGAAACCAGUCCACCGCCAUAAAACCGCCCACCAUGAAGACCAGCCCUCGCACGUGGGCGGCGCUGUGGGCGUGCUGGUGCCUGUGGGCGUGGGUCGACCAGUGCAAGGGCGCCGUCAUCCCGCCGCGCUGGGUCAACCACACCCUCAACCCAUGCGCUGCGAAGUCGUGGCAGCUGCUCUACUGGCCCGAGGAUGGGUCCUGCCACAGGAUCUUCACGCAGGGCCCGUGUGGAGAUACCCAGGAGUUCUACUAUGACCCCGUGGCAGGUUCCGGAGCGUGCCGAUGCCCGAGAGGCAAGAUCCUGUACCCGCCCACCGGCCUGUGCUACGCGGAGUACACAAAGGGACCCUGUACUUCCAGGCAGUACCUGGCCACGGAAGAGGAUGGGCAGACGGGCACGUGCCGCGCCUUCAAGGAGUGCCCGCCCCGCCACGUGUUCUGGCCCCAAGAUGACACGUGUUACCAAUACCACACGCGAGGACCCUGCCUCAAGGGAUACCUUAUCUACAUCAAUCCCAUCUCAGGGUUCCCCGAGUGCGGCUGCGACAGGAACGUGAUGUUCAGCAACUACUGGUCGCUGACGGGCCUGUGCUUCGAGCUGUUCGAGCGCGGCCCGUGCCUGGACGGCGCCAUCUUCCUGUACAAUGCCACGCGCGGCUCCACCGAGUGCAGCUGCAGCGCCUCCAUCCUCACCAACUACCACCGCGAGAGCGACGGCUGCUUCGAGCUCAACCAGCGCGGCCCGUGCAAGCCGGGCCAGGUGUUCACCUUCGACCCGCGCGAGAUGACCACGCAGUGCCGCUGCCGGGAAGACCACGCGCUGUGGGCCCCGUCCGGCCACUGCCACCGCCUCUACUCGCGCGGGCCCUGCGACAAGGGCCACUUCUUCAUCUCGGCACCGGGGACCGAGAACGGCACCGCACUCGAGGGCGAGUGCCACGAGUACCCGUGCUCGGGCACCCGCCGAUACCACCCCGCCACGGAGACCUGCUACCGGCUCGGCUGGCGCGGCCCGUGCCCCGAAGGCCAGCUCUUCAUCUACGACGAGGAGACUCCCCUGCGCGGCGCCUGCGGCUGCACGCGCGAGCUGGUGGGCUACUGGCCGGAGGACGACCGGUGCUACGAGCUGGGCGGGCGGGGCCCCUGCCAGCACUCGCAGGUGCUCUCGUACGACAAGGCCACCGGCGGCGUCCAGUGCACGUGCGACAUCCGGAAGGGCUUCGUGCAGUGGCAUGACGACCGCUGCUACCGCAUCGAGACCCGCGGGCCGUGCGCCGUCGGGGAGAUCAUGGUCAUCAAGCGAUGGCGCCCCGUCACGCCCACCUGCACGCCCGCCGGCUCGUCCCACACGCCCAACGCGCCCCUGCUGCUGCUGACCGCCGCGCCCGCCAGAGACAAGGCGCCGCAGCACCACCGCGAGAGCAACAGCGUGACGGCCGCGCGCGGGGACAGCUCCUUCACGCUGGGCGCCAACGACACCCUCGUGCCCGCCGCGGCCAACGUUACAAGCGACACCCCGCGCACACCCGCGCCGCCCCGCCGCCCGCCCUCCGCAAUGGGCGCCGCCUGGCCAGUCGCCCCGCGCCCACCAACAUCUACUCGCUGGUGGCCGUGGAGGAUGCCACGGGCGGAGGAGCAGCGGGGGCAGGAGAGGGCGCGGCGGUGACUGCCUUCCCCCAGGGGCGGACGGGGCGCUCGAUGGCCGACACCGAGACGUGGGGCUUCCUCGACGGGUCCUACUUCAAAAUCCCCGGCACUUCUCCGGGGACGUACUACACGGGGCGCCCCGACGGAGAGCCGUCCCUCCAGCCGUGGUGGGGGGAGCCCUCCACCUAAGCGACGCCGGGGGUGGCCGCCCCACACCCCCACACGCCGCAGGGCAUUACCGUGACCCCAGACCAUGGCCCCCACGCACCCACACAGCCUGUGAUACGAGCCGCCCGGACUCCACGCCCCCGCCAUGCAAAAGGACCUUCCGGCACCGCCCCUGCGACCCGCGCUCGUGCCUCCGCGUCUUCGCCUGCGACUCACCGACGGGACGGGAGCCGUUCCUCGAAUGUGACUCUGAAACGCUAUUAACGUACAUCAUUCCCUCGCGGCGGAUUAAGUGUUCGGAAAAAAGACAAUAUCCCUACCACCACAGAGUGUAAUAAUCACACAAACACACGUCCGACAGUGAAUGAAGUUCAGCGAUUCGGUUCCCUCCCCGCCCCGUCGUCAGAGGCGAACCGCAGGCCGGCCGCACGAAACACUUGCUAAAAUCAAAUAAGGGAAGUGCCUGCCGCGAUGUGUCCAACAGCUGCGAGACACGUGUGUUGUUGCGGUGACCUCGAGCAAUUGCACACUCUAACCCGACGGGCCUGCCUGGAGGUUGAUGCUUUUUUUUGUGAAUAUCUUUUUUUACAAUGCAUGUGUAUAUAUAUCUUUCAUGAUUGUUCAUUUCCGUGAAUAUGUAAUAAAGUUAAAACCUCCUUCU